GUGUUGAGAUUUGUGCAGUCAUGUCUGGUCGUGGCAAAGGCGGCAAAGGCUUGGGUAAAGGAGGCGCCAAGCGUCACCGUAAAGUGCUACGAGAUAAUAUCCAAGGCAUUACCAAGCCUGCUAUCCGACGCCUGGCCAGGCGUGGCGGGGUGAAGCGAAUCUCGGGUUUAAUUUACGAGGAGACUCGCGGGGUACUCAAGGUCUUCCUGGAGAACGUGAUCCGAGAUGCGGUGACCUACACGGAGCACGCCAAGAGAAAGACUGUCACUGCCAUGGAUGUGGUUUACGCGCUGAAGCGUCAGGGCCGCACUCUGUAUGGCUUCGGCGGUUAAUCUUUUUUGUUUUUCUUCCCAAUGGCCCUUUUCAGGGCCGCCCACUCCCUCUCAAAAAGAGCUGUGACUGUAAUGUUUGAGAUCUACGUUUUGGCUUUCUCAGCCACUCUGUACCUAGCGUGCACCACUUAUAUAGGCCAGUUGGGAAACACCAGGUUCUUAAGUCUGAGUGGCUG